CUUUGACCGCCAUCAAGCUCGCGGAUUUGUCGGUUGCCGAUAUCCGAAUGCAACCCCUCUAUCAUCUUGCGGACCUCAGCGUCCACGAAUAGUGUGCGAACGGCGUUCAUUCAUGCAGAUCUUCGCUGCUGCUUGGCCUGGGGUAUGCCCGCUGAGCAAGCAGCCUCCCCGGCGCCAGGUAACUCGGUAGCGCACCCCGUGUCCGCUCCAGUCAGCCGAAGACCCUCGAGAAGGCCGGUCCAGGGAAGCUUGUAAUGUGCUCAUAACGUCCUUCAUCGUCAUUUCUGAGAGACCGGGCGAGCAAUCGGUAUCACCACCCAUCCCCGACCGUCUACAUAAGACGGCGCGUACUUUUUCGACUGACCACAUUUCUCCUUCGACCGCCAAGCCUAUCGCGAUGUCUCCCGUCCCCGACUUCCCGUCUACCUUCAAGGGCGACCUCGUCACGCCCGAUAGUGCCGACUACGAGGCUGCGAUCGCGCGCUGGGCUGUGAACUCGAAACGCCGCGCCAAGAUCGUCGCGUUCGUCAAGGACGCGGAGGACAUCUCCCUCGCGGUCAAGUACGCGCGCGCACACAACCUCGAGAUCGCGAUCAAGUGCGGCGGACACAAUGUGCCCGGGUCCUCGUCGACAGAGGGCGGGCUGGUGAUCGAUCUGAACCGGUAUAUGGACUACGCGAAGGUCGAUCCGGAGAAGAAGGUCGGGUAUGUUGGUGGGGGUGCGCUGUGGAGGACGGUGGACAAGGAGGCAAUUGAGCAUGACCUUGCGACUGUCGGAGGAACCGUAAACCAUACUGGUGUAUCUGGCCUUACCCUCGGCGGCGGCUAUGGAUUCUUGUCUUCUUCUUACGGCCUUGCUCUCGACAACGUUCUCGAGGUCACCAUCAUCACAGCCGACGGCUCUAUUCUCAAAGCCAGCGACAAGGAGAACCCCGACCUCUUCUGGGGCAUCCGCGGCGGCGGCUCCAAUUUCGGCGUCGUGUCGGAGUUCGUCUUCCAGCUCUACGACCAACGACGAACAAUCUUUGCCGGCCCCGUCGUCUUCCCGCCGCCAACCUUCAAGGACCUCGUAGCCAUCACAGAUGAGUGGUGGAAGAACGCGGACGAGAAGGAGGCGAUGCUGCAGAUUGCUGCCGUCGGUCCAAAUGGCAAGCCGGGAGUGAUGGUGCUUUUCUUCUACAACGGCUCGGAGGCUGAGGGCCGCGCGCACUACAAGAAGUUCUUUAAUCUUGGGCCCGUGGCGGAUAUGGCGAAGGAGAUUCCGUAUGAAGAGCUCAACGCGCUGCAGAAUGCCUUCUCGGAGCACGGCCAGGGCGUCUACCAGAAGGGCGUCGCACACAAGAAGCCAGACCUCGACUCCUUGCAAUACGCUUACGACCGCGUUGUCGAGCUCGCCGAAAAGGAGGGCCCGACCCCAGUCAUUCUCUUCGAGUACUUCCCGCUCAAGAAGAUUGUCGCCAAGGGCGGCGACACCAGCGCUUUCCGCCGCGACCCCUACCCCUCCAUCCUCGUCAACGCCUUCUGGAAAGAGGAUACGCCUGAGAACGUCAAGCGCGGGAGGGACAUCGUGUACGACAUCAUCGCGAAGAUCAAGACGUUCAACCCGGACAUGUCGGCGGAGCAGCAGCAGGGGUAUGGCAACUACGACGAUGAGUCGCUAUCGAAAGUCGGGACGGACAAGGCGAAGCUAGUGUUUGGGAAGCACUAUCCCCGUCUGCAGGAGUUGAAGAAGAAAUACGACCCAGACCAGGUGUUCCACAAGUGGUUCCCCAUUACUCCUGCGCCUUGAGUGCAUUCCGUAUGUCUAUAUCCGAUGUCACAGUGUAUAGAUACUUUCUGUUCGUGUUAGAGCAAAGGGGAACAAUGAAUAGUGAUGUUUGUACAUGUC